GGAGAGAGACCAAGGAAGCAAGCCGCCUGUGUUAACGUGUGGGGCCCUGCGAGUGGCGCACCCUGGCGCGAGGGCGUUCUCCCUCGGGCGGUUGUUGUGGGACCGCGAAAAGCGCUUUGAGAGCUUGAGCAGCCAUGCGCCUCUUUGCAGCAUGUGCGCCAGGCUUCUGUUGGAAUUGGUUGGUUUGGCUCGAAGGAUGCUGCGUUCCGUUGGGCCAAGGUGGCGUCAUUCCGUGGCUCCGGAAGGGAGGCCUGCAGGCCCGGCGCAUCGCUGCGCCAUCUUGUCCGUGGAAGGAUAGUGUGUUUGACCUUUGUUGUCGGUUUAAAUCCUUUUCUGAGGAAGGUCGGGGCAAGAUGGCGAGCGACUGGCCCCAGGCGUCCCGAGUGCCCAGCUUUGCCCAAAUGCUGAAGAAGAACCUGCCCGCCCAGCCGCCGCCGCCGCAACCUUCUCUGCAGGCCUCGGCUCCCUUGUUUCCGCAGGCAGAGAGCGCCAAAGCUAUGUUUUUACCGGCAGAAACGUCGAACAUUUCCGCCUUGGCUUCCAAGGUGACGAACAUCUCAGGUCAAGUUCCUGACUGCCUAUAUUCCAAAGCAGGACCCAUUGUUCCAAUCACGUCACUUCCUCCCAAGAAAAUUCCGAAGGAAUUUGUCACAAAAUAUAAACGAGGGGAUAUAAACCCAGUGUCUGCUUUGCAUCAGUUUGCACAAAUGCAGCGCGUACAGCUUGAAUUAAAGGAAACAGUAGCAACAGGUAAUCUCUUGGGAUCAUACUUUGCAUUUUGUGCUGUGGUUGAUGGCAUUCAGUAUAAGACUGGAUUGGGGCAAAACAAGAAGGAAUCAAAAUCCAAUGCCGCAAAACUUGCUCUUGAUGAAUUACUGCAGCUAGAUGAGACAGAACCAAAACCUCUAGAAAAUCCAGGUCCUCCCAGGAAUCUUUCAGAAACUACAACCGUAACUGAACCUCAAAGAACAGCUGAAGCUAGCUACAUUUCAAAGUUUCCUUAUGAUGGGCUGCAUCUUGCGUAUGAAAAAAUUUCUCAAGCUGUCAGGGAAACAUUCAACAGUUUGACUGCUAAAUAUCCAGAGUACCAGAGUUGUAGCAGUUCGCUGGCUGCUUUCAUAAUUGAAAGAGUUAGACAGCAUGAAGUGGUAGCUAUUGGAACAGGUGAAUUCAACUAUAGUCAAUGUGGUCAUCCAGAUGGGAGAAUAUUGCAUGACUCUCAUGCUGUUGUUACUGCAAGACGCUCUCUUCUUAGGUAUUUUUAUAGGCAGCUUUUGCUCUACUUCAGUAAAAAUGCUGCCAUGAUGGAUAAGUCCAUAUUUUGCAUUGAGCCAUCUUCAAACUUGCUUGCGCUAAAACCAAACGUAAGCAUAUUUCUCUACAUGAAUCAGUUACCAAAAGGAUCUGCUCAGAUUAAGUCCAGGCUACGCCUCAGUCCCAAUUCUGCAUCUGCAUUUGAAGCUGAUGAGGAACUGUGCCUUCAUGUCGCUGUUGAAGGCAAGGUUUAUCUCACGGUCUACUGCCCUGCUGAAAUUUCUAGAAUAAGCAGCAUGUCUGCUAGUGACAAACUGACAAGAUGGGAAGUACUGGGUGUUCAGGGAGCCCUGCUAAGUCACUUCAUUCAGCCCGUUUAUGUUAACAGGAUCAUUGUUGGGGAUGGGAACUGCCAUGAUACUCGAGGAUUGGAAAUAGCUAUCAAACAACGGGUAGAUGAUGCUCUCACUUCAAAACUGCCCAUGUUCUACAUGGUGAACAAACCUCGCAUUAGCUUGGUACCUGCUGCUUGCGCUGUACAGGUAGAUUUGGAACGCAGAUCUCUUAGUUUGAAUUGGUCCCAAGGAGACUUGUCGUUGGAGGUCGUAGAUGGGCUAAAUGGGAAGAUCACAGAAAGUUCACCCUUCAAAAGUGGAAUUUCAAUGGCAAGUCGUCUUUGCAAGGCCGCGAUGUUAAGUCGUUUCAAUUUAGUGGUUAAAGAAUCAAAGAGAGAUGAUUUACUUAAAGCGGGCACAUACCACGAAGCAAAGAUUAUGGCAGAGUCCUACCAAGGAGCGAAAUACUUGCUGAAAACCUACCUGGAGCAGCAUGGUUUUGGGUCUUGGAUUGUGAAGUCUCCACGUAUUGAACAAUUCAGUAUGUAAAGAUUAAUAUAUCGGCUCCGGAGCUCUUGACUAGUUUUUUGAGUUUCUUAACUUUUUUCAUUGGUUAGUAGUUUUAGAUCGGUACAGUGUCAACUGAUUGCUGAAAAAAAUGUACAUACGCAAAAUAAGUUAGCUAAGUUGUUAAUAUAUGCGGGCCAUUUUUAUUACUUAAGUCUCUUGCCAGUAUAAAGAUAUCUGGCAUUAAAGUAUAGUUUGGUGUUUUAUGUGUGUUAUGCAUUUGCAGUAAUAUAUUUUUAAUUGAUUUCUCAUACUUUGAAUACGAAGCUUUAAAAUAAGUGAGGCUGAACAAUGUAAAAGUGGAGAAUUGUGUGCUGGCAAUAAUUAUUUUGCCAGGUUCAGUGGAAGUUACCAUGUCAUCACCUUGUUUUAAAGAUUGGUUCCUUCUCUUCUGGCCUUAGAAGCCACAAUUUUCCUUAUUAAUCAUCAUUAAACUCUGUGGGCUAUAUAUUUUUUCAGUUGUGGGCAGUCAAGUUUAAGCCUGUAGGAAACUACAGCAGUAGAAAACCCCACAAGCACAGUGUCAAACCAAAUAUGUGAUCUACUCAUGGUACGUUAUGGAAAACAGGCCUGCAAGCUUUUCAAGCCCAGUAUUUUGUGCAUAAUUGUGUUUGCAUUUGGAAACAACUUGGAAAUUGUAUCAGGUGUCUUAAAUAUUUCAUUUGCAAUUUGACUUCAGAGAUGAUGUUGACGACUUAAUGUCCUUUUCCCUCUAAAAUCCUUAAGACUGAAAGGGUCUUAAUCACAUACCGUAGUUUGCCAUUAAAAUUAAUCUUUACCCAGCUUCAUAAAAGUUGUGUGUGAUACAUCCAUUUCCGAGAACUAGCAAGCUCACAAAUGUUCUACUGCUUCUGUGGUCCAAAUGGUAAAAAUGUGCAAACCAGUAGCCAAAAGGAUAUAUUUAAUGCCAUUUCAUUGAAGUUGGUGUCACCCCUGCAGGAGUUGGUUUAUAUAUGGGCAGGUAUCUUGGAAAAGGCAUUUAUUGUGGUUAAGCUAUUUCAAGAGUCAUCAUAAUCUAAGUUUUUGAAUCAAAGUGAAGGAAGUUUCAUGUAUAUUGGCAGUCAAAUGCUAUUUGCCAGGAACAUGCUUGGAACUGAAUGGCUAUAAUGUAUAUAUGACUGGAGAGUCUUUGCUGGCCACAAAGCAAAGAUGGAUCUGUACAGUUGCACAAACAACAGGGCAAACAACUUUUAUACCAUGUGAAGCCACUGCCCCCCCGAAUAUUUUCACAGCACACCUUCAUUGUGAUACUUUUGUGAAUGAAACAGGCCUCAGCAUCUGAAGACUAGCCUGACCUACGCUGUAACUUUUUUUUAAAAAAAGGGGGUGGUUUGACUCGCUGUUUUCUGAUUCACAUUUAGAGGCUUUGAACAGUAAGAUGAGAUUUCUAGUUUUUUAAUAGGAAUUAUCCCGGGUAGCCUGCAUGGUGCUUUCCAGUUGGCUUACAAUUCCCAUCAUCCCUGACCACCAGCCAUGCUGACUGGGCAUACUGGGAGUUGUAAGUUCAACAACAUCCGAGGGGCAUCACUUUGGCUGCUCCUAAAUUAGUGUGUGUUACUGAGCAAUAACUUUUAGCCCGAUGAAGAAAUAAAUGUGUUGGGGGUUUUUUUUUUUGUUACAUUGUGGGUUUCCCCCCCCCCAAUAAAACUUGGGUUUUUUUGCUGAGAAUUGUUGUUUGACUUGUGUGGCUUGAAGUAAUAAUAAUGUGUUCCUUUUCUCUGGAAAGCUUGAUCCCCGCUGCCGCCCCCGUUCUUAAAGCCUAUU